CCUGCAUAGCAGCCUCUCUUUCUCAUUCUUUUUCUUCUUUCGCCCUUUUGUAUUCCGUUUUUUGUGUAGGUAUCGGCAGAAGAUUGAUUGCUUCCAAUUGCCCAAUAUGAGAGUCGCGGCUACACGUCUGGGGAGCUUAGUGCAGAGGAGGGGGUUUGCGAGUACAUCACGGAGGCUCGACAACUAUGCCUUCAUCGGUCUUGGCCAGAUGGGCUACCAAAUGGCCAAGAACCUUCAGUCCAAGCUGAAGCCUACAGACAAGGUCUCCAUCUUCGACGUCAACCCUACGGCCGUGGAGGGUCUUUCGGCAGAGAUGAAGGCUGCGUCAUCGGGGGCUGCUGUUGAGAUUGCGGCGAGCGCGCAUGACGCGUCUAAGACGGCUGAUACCGUCGUCACCUGCCUGCCAGAGCCACAGCACGUUCGCGGCGUCUACGAGUCCAUCCUCACAGACUCACUUCCAAAGAAGGAUCGCAUCUUCAUCGACUGCUCAACAAUCGACCCGACAACAUCACGGCAAGUCGCCAAAUCCGUAUCAGACGCCGGACAGGGCACCUUUGUCGAUGCGCCCAUGUCAGGCGGUGUUGUCGGCGCCACAGCAGGCACACUGACGUUUAUGCUUGGCGCCGAUGCCAGCAUCCUCCCUCGCGUCGAGCCCACGCUGUUCCUGAUGGGCCGCAAGGUGCUGCACUGCGGCGACCAAGGCGCCGGCCUAUCUGCAAAGCUCGCCAACAAUUACCUCCUAGCCCUCAACAACAUUGCGACAGCCGAGGCCAUGAACCUGGGCAUCCGAUGUGGCCUGGAUCCCAAGACGCUUGCCAACGUGCUGAAUGUGAGCACGGGCAGAUGCUGGCCGAGCGAGAUCAACAACCCCGUAAAGGGCGUCAUCGAGACGGCACCUGCCAGCCGUGAUUACCGUGGAGGAUUUGGCAUAUCGCUCAUGAGAAAGGAUCUUCGGUUGGCUCUGGUUGCGGCCGAGUCGGCGCAGGCGAAGACGGAGUUGGGGACGUUGGCGUUUGACAUGUAUGACAAGGCGGCGCAGCGGGAGGAUUGCAAAGACCGCGACUUUUCGGUCGUGUAUAGAUAUCUUGGAGGGAAGGAGGAGUAGAAGAAUAAUAAAUGAAAUAGAUUUACUCUUUUUGGUUCAAGGGAGCUGAGAAUCUUGAUAACCCUGCUGUUGAUAUUGGCCUGGACUGGAAUGGAGUACUACUUGCCCUGCAUUGUCUACCAACGGACAGAUGACAGAUCGGGUAAAUACAAAGCGUUG